CUUUUGACUACCGGUACCAGCCCACAAAGCUGUGCUGCCAUCCGAAUUUUGACUUUCGCCAGAUUUAAGGUUCAGAGCUAAAAAUCAUGACUUAUUUUUCAAGAAGUCAUUUUUUGGUACAGUACCACCAACCAACGGCAGUCACACGAAAAGACUAAGAAAUUACUUAAGAAUAUGGCGAAUGCCAGGCUGGCUUGCACUGGCUUCCGAGCAAUGGCCAUCGUGGCAAAGAAAACCCACUUGUGAUUGAGGAAGAACAACCGAAAGAGCUCCUUGUUUACAGUGGCCAACUGUUCCUUGUCAUUACACUCGAAUAUUGCUUAGGCUACUAGUAGGCAACAGCACAUUUUCUAUUCUUUACUCCGGAGUUGGUAGUUGUUGCCAUAACAUCAAUUGACAGUGCUGCCAGUGGUCUUGGUGCUGCUGUUGUUACAACCGUUCAAGUCAUUGCUUAGUUACAUUUGCCAGUCCACAACUCCGGGUCCGUUGUGCGUGCUGCCUGCAGUUGAAAUUUAACGGAGUGAUUGGUACUGAGUUUUACGUGCGAUUUGAGUCGUCUCCGACCGCGAGAAGGAACUGUCCAACUCUCUCUCUCCUAUCAGUUGCUAUAAUCCUGGUUACGAACGAGUAUUGAAGACACAACAACAAGAGGUCUCUCAUCACCACGCUUCCAUUUUGCCGAGCUCUGUCUUGAUCCGUUGUCCUUUACUGCUUUUCCUUUUUAGUAUUAACAAACAACAACAAUGGGAACCAGUUCUUCCUCCAACGCUAUCGACGGCGCGGACGCCAUCUCCCCCACCAGCCGCAGAAGCAGCGGCAAUGGCAAUCGCUCGUCGCAGAACGCUGCAAGUCCAGCGGCGGCAGACGCGGCCAAUAACAGCAGUGGUGUGACGUCGGACGCUGCCGCUAACUUGGCUCGUCCGUAUGGUAUCAGUGAGCGCUCUCGCACUCUUCCUGCCUUUAACGACCAGUUCCAGACCACCGUAGCACCCAUCCAAGACGACAGUGCUCAAAACAGAGGACGAGAGAGACAACGAGAGACGGUCGAGCUCCCUCCUCCGGCUCGCUGCAUUAACCCUGCUUCGGAUGUCAAUGCUCGCCUCGACACUCAAGUCGAAGUUCGUGUCUAUCCCUGCAACAACAACCAAAGUGGAGGAAAGAAGAAGUUCACCACCUUUACUAUCAAACCGGAGGGAGUCAUUGUGCAGGGUUCCAACCGCAACCGUAAUACCAACGCUGUGGAUAUCGGAGCGGAGUAUGCCAUGCAUGUCGGAAGAAAACUGCAGCGCUAUGAGCUCUCCGACACUCGCGCGUGUCAGUUGUUGGUCACCACCCAUGCCAAGUCGUUUUGGGUCGUACCUGCUCCAGAGGCAUUCUCUCGACACUCGGGAACCUGCCGCUUGUUGGGAGAUCGCAAGCACCCUCCUGCUCCUCACACGCUUCAGGUGGGAGAUUUUCUGCGUGUUGGGUCGGUCGGUGUAGUAGUCAUUGAGACCCAUGAUGGAGUCGAGAACCGCGUCUUGAGUGAAGAAAAAAUCCAGAAGAUUAUGAAGGACACUACCAAUACCAAUGGAGGAUUCUUGGACUUGGCCGAGACCGAUGGAGAAAAUUCGGAUGAUUCGAUGAAUGGCGAAACCGGUCCAGGCCCGAAUACUUCCACUGUGUCACCUCCUGUUGGAUCGGUUAGAGAAUUCGGCGACAAUCCGGUCUGUUACAUGUGCUUUGAUGAAGAGGAUUCGGAAGACAACCCCCUGAUUACUCCUUGCAAGUGCAGUGGUGACACAAAGUAUGUUCAUGUGGAGUGCUUGCGAAAGUGGCACACUGCCGAGGCAGACAAUCAGAUUUGCUUCCUCUCCUCGGUCGAUGCUACCUGCUCCGUCUGUAAGAGCACGUUCAAGUCCGAUUUCAAACUGAAGGACGGUCGCCAUGUCAAGUUGUUCAAAUCAUCUUUGGAGCCUCCCUAUGUGUCCUUGUUGGUGGCUACCAAACACGAGAUGGCCCAGCGUCUCUUCAAUACACGUUUCCAGCUUUCAUUUAGCACUCUGUUGAAGCCGGAUGGCCGAAACGCCACGAGGCCCCUGCUUCUUGGGCGUUCUUCCGGAUCCGACAUGGUUUUGGACUACCGCACAGUUUCGGCUAGGCACGCUGCAAUCCGUUUCAAGAAUGGAGAAUUUGUGUUCACUGAUGCGGGAUCUUCCAAUGGGUCUUACUUGUACCUACGCAGACCACUGGAAUUGUCCCCGUCCCAGCCCGUACAAUUCCGUUUGGGGCGGUCAAUGAUCUCCAUGAAGGUCGUGAACAAGUGGAAUCGCCGUUUGCUCCGUGCCGUUCGACGCACUGGACAGAGUGGAUCCAACAGAGAAGUCCAGGAAGAGGAAGGCGAAGCGGAUGAUAGAUCCAUUGGAAGCAAUGACGAUGAUAUCCGUAUCACCGACGGGAAGACCGGAUUGGUCACCAAAACGGUGGAGCGUCGAACGAGGGACAGCGUGAUGCGUGGUUUGCCUCCUCCUGGACAGCUUUCGCAGCAGUCUGCCAAGCAUCUCGACUUGUUGUACGCCUUGGCGUACCCCAAGAGAGAAGUCAAGGAACUCGCCAGGGCUGCACGUCCCAAGACCUUGGACGAAGGGGAAGGCAAGAGCGAGGACAACGCUGUAGCUGAAAUUGCAAUGCCUCUGCAAUCGACAACUGGUACCGCAACUCAGGAAACCUAGGCCAAACAAGGAAAUCCAAAGAUGGCGCAGGAAAUGGUUUUUUGUUUGGUCGACGAUUAACGGUUGUUAAUUUAGUUAUACAGUAAUGAAAGCAAAAAUGAAAAGAAAUUAGAACCAUGUGUUGUAGUGUAGAC